UGGUAAGAUACGAGUAGUUAGUGCUAUUACCUUGGGAAAGGUUAUUGGCUACAUAUAUGUGCUCAGUAGCAUCGAAUGAUUGAGAAAGUUGUAUAUUACACUGAUUCAAUGAUGCUGGCGAAAUAGAGAGAUUUCUGAAAUGAUAGUGUGUUUAAUUCUAUUGCUCUAGUGAUGGCAAGAGUUAACUAACAUAAACAGCCAUGUCCAACUACCGCCCAACGUUUCUCAAUGAGGAGGUCCUCACGGAGUGCCUCCGUAGUGAAGAAGGGAGUUGUAAAGUGAUCUGUUUUGAGAUAGAACCUGUUCUUCCAGAAACUUUGAACUUCGCUAGUAUUAUCCUUAGAGUGAGAGCGCAAUACAGAAAGGACGGAGAAGUAAACGCCAGAGAGAUCAGUCUUAUUGUUAAAGUCCCUCCAGAAAAAGAGUGCUUGAAUUGGGGAGAUACGAUGUGCCGUAAAGAACAUAAUUUUUAUUCCAUUAUUGUGCCACAUUUUUCCAAAUAUUUUGAUGUUAGUAUAUUCCCCAAAAGUUAUCCCAUAUCAGUUCCAACAGUUGUGGUCUUGGAGGAUCUAUGUGUGUCUAACUACAAAGAAAAAACCAGAUUCGACCAACUGGACUUUAAUCAUUGCAAGCUAUUUUUCGAAGCAGCAGCAAGGAUGCAUGCUGCAAGUAUAGUUAUGGUCGAAACAGUACCAAAUAUCAUCGACGUGUAUGGGACUGAGGGUAAUGUGCAGAAGGACGAACAUCCUCAAAUGAAAAAAUUGUUUAGUAGUUUAAUAUCCAUAGGAGCUAGAAGUCUAGCCGAUUUAUUUAGGAACAAUGCUGAUUACAAAGACGUCGUGGAAUUCUUGGACGAUAUUGCAGAUAAUAUUUGGAGUCUUAUAAUUGCCGCUGAAAUAUCAACCAAGUGCUUGAAAAGUUUUGUUCAACGUGACUGCUAUGGCGCAAAUAUGAUGUUUAGAUACGACAAUUUUGGUAAAGUUGAAUCUAUCAAAAUUAUAGAUUUCCAAAUAUAUUCAUAUUUACCUGCAGUAAUUGAUAUCAUAAACUUUGUCUGGAGAAGUGCUGACAAUGACGUCAGAGAGAACCAUCUGGAUGAGUUGUACAAGAUAUAUUGUGACAAUCUCAACAAAAGUCUGUCAGAAUUUGAGAGCUCUAAAUCAAUAACCUUGGAUGAACUGAAAGAGCAACUAAAUAUCUUCAGUCCUUGGGUGCUUUACAUGAUUUGCUUCUAUCUCCCGUAUGGUCAAGCAAAACAUCCAAUACCAUUCCGAACACUCCUAGACAGCAGCGUCGAAAACCCACAGAAGUGUUACGAUUUAGUCCGGGGAAUGAUAGCGGAAUCGCCGACAGUAUUUCCUAGUAUUUUAAAACAUCUAAGAGAUCAAGGUGUCAUGGAAAGUAUAAGAAAGCAUUAUUUGUGAAAUUUAAAUAAAAUAAUCUGCUAUGGAAAAUUAACUACUGAAUUUGUGUUCGUGAGAUUCUAGAGAGAAAUAUAUGACAAGUUGCCCAAGUUCUGAUGUGGCAAUUUCAACAGAAAUAUUUUAGAUUAAAAGGGUUAAAAAUCACUCAACUUUAAAUUAAAAAACUCUUUCAGUUCUUGGCCUGUUUUCCUUUUUAUGGCAUAUGCUCAAACAAAAUCCCAAUACCUUCACCACACAAUGUUUGAAAGGUACUGUAUAACCUUAGAAGUAUUUAGGUUUAAUAAGUGGAGUAGUAAGUAAAUGAUUGAAAUGUUAUUAAUAUCUGUAAUGAUUAUGUUAUACUAGUAUUAUAAGAUACAACGGAGAUAUAUUUUAAAAUACUGUGUUACAUGAAAUCAAAUAGUGUCAACAACUUAAAAUAAAAUAGUCUACCGUUUAAGAGAUACUAUGUAAUAUGUAUACGAUAUAAAUAAGUUAUUGCAUAUAGUUCUGUAAAUGUUUGUCUUUUACUAUUCAUUUUCGUAAAAUUCUCUCAUCCAAGGAGAAUGAAACGCUGAACUUUAUCAUUAUGCUCAGCAUAUUUCUUUACCUAUCCAAAGCAUUUGACUGUGUGCAUCACGAAACACUGUUGCACCAGUUACAAAAA